UACACAAUAUUAUACACAAUACAAAAUAAAUAUGCAGAUAUUGUGUUGGAAAAAGCGGCAGAGAACCAAUGUGAUAAAGCGUAAAUGAAAAGCUGAUGCCUCUAUGAAAAUCCUUUUGAUUUUUUUUAUUUUCCCCCUGAUUUCCUAGAACGCAUAAAGCAGCCUGCCAGGGCUUAAAUGCUUGAGUUCUUUGUGUUCUGUCAUGGCCUGCUCCAGCUCACUCAGCUCUUGUAUAGCUCUUACUUCAAGAGCACCAUCACCACAAUCGAGAGACGCUACGGCCUGGACAGCCUCUCCUCAGGAACCAUCUCUUCCCUCCACGAGGUAGGGAACACAUUGCUUAUAGUGUUCGUUAGUUACAUGGGUAGUCGAGUUCACCGACCUCGAUUCAUUGGACUGGGUGGCCUGCUAAUGUCCAUCAGUGCCAUGAUCUUAGCUCUACCUCACUUCCUCUCUCAGCCCUACAACUUUGACUCCGUCCUGCAUGCGAGCAAACAGGACAUGUGUUAUUUGCAUGCGAAUGCAACGGGUGCUGAGGCUUGUGGUCAGGAGGAUUCCCGGAAGCUUGUGGACACCAGUAAAUUUUGGGUGUUAAUGGCUACAGCCCAGCUGCUGUUCGGAAUCGGUUCAGUCCCCAUCCAGCCUUAUGGAAUAUCUUACAUCGAUGACUUUGCAGGAGUUGGGAAUUCCGCUCUCUAUAUUGCUAUUCUCUUUGCUGUGUCAGUGGUUGGGCCGUCCUUUGGAUACCUCCUGGGCUCUGUGGUUUUGCGGAUUUAUGUGGAUGUGGAUAGAGCCAGCUCAGAGAAGGCGUUGCAGUUGACCCCUGCUGACCCUCGAUGGCCUUUUGAAAUGCAAGGUGACAUCGUAAAAGAAGACCCCAAGAAGACAGAGGGCCCCAUGCUGGAUUUCUUAAAAAUGUUCCCUAAGAUGUUCGUUAGGCUGCUGCUGAGUCCUGUCUUCAUGCUGCUGGUUCUGACCCAAUGCUGCUUCUCCUCCGUUAUCGCUGGACUUGCCACCUUCCUCAGCAAAUUUCUUGAGCGGCAGUACAGCACCUCUGUGGCCUACGGCAGCCUUCUCAUUGGUGCUUUAAACCUGCCGUCCAUCGCUGUGGGGAUGGUGCUCGGGGGUCUGAUCAUGAAACGUUGGGGGUUGUCGUUCAGAGCCAUUCCACGCUUCUCUGUUGUAAUGCUCACCAUCUCCAUCUUCUGCUGUAUACCCCUCUUCUUCAUGGGCUGCCCCACGCAAGAUGUUGCUGGUGUUUACGGCGUUAAUGGGCUUCAGCCGUCCUGUAGUGCCAAUUGCUCCUGUCCCAGCAGCGCGUUUAACCCAGUGUGUGGGGAAAACAACAUUGAAUACAUCUCGCCCUGCCAUGCUGGCUGCACAAACUUCACCUUGGAUCCCAACAGCCAAUACAGAGUCCAGAGUUACAGUAACUGUCAGUGUAUUCCCGGUGUGGCCACAGCCAAGCCUGGCCCUUGUGCCAACAGCUGCCCUCACUAUCUCCUGCCUGUGAUGCUCCUUAUAUCUCUGGCUGGAUUUAUAGCCAGCCUAACACACAACCCCAUCUACAUGAUGGUGCUCAGGUCAGUACCUUCAGAAGAGAAGUCCUUCGCAAUCGGCGUACAGUUUCUGCUUCUGAGGGUUCUGACCUGGCUGCCAGCUCCGGCUCUAUUUGGGAUGACCAUAGAUUCCACGUGUAUCUGGUGGAAAAUUGCUUGUGAGAAAAAGCAAGGAUGUGGUUACUAUGACAACAACCUCCUUAGAAACAGGUAUCUAGGACUGCAGGUGGGCUUUAAGACGGUAGGCAUUGCGCUCCUGGCAUUUAUUGGCUGGAAAAUGCAGCGGACCAGAGAGUACAGCUUAGAGAACAAGCCAGAGGGACCCCUGUGAUGCCUCGACUCUGCUUAGCCCAUCGCAGCUCACUUUUGAGAGCCCUCUCAGUGAAUUGAGCCCCUGGAUAUUUCUCGUCAGAAACCCUCCUCCUUUCAACAUCUGGCUGGAAAUGCGAUGAAUUCAGUUUGGACUUUUCUCAAGUUGUGCACUAACUUCUUGGGUAUUUAUUUCCACCUGCGGAGCAAUAACUGGACAGAUUCAGGGAUUUUCCAACUUCACACAGUUUUUCUGGUAUUAAUAAUUAACUACGUAUAGCACUAUAAACAGUUUAUCAUACUUUAUAGCCACGGCUCUCGUCAACGGACGGUGGCGUCUUUGGAGAGGUCACAGAACUUGUGACAGAAAUGUCUGUAUGUUGUCCUUAAGAUUUGGUUAAUACGCAAUUUGAUGAUUCAUUUCUUUUCUUUUUUUGGUGUAUGUGUAUUUGAAGACUAUGUGAAGGAUGCGGGGCGCUCUUUAUACCCAAAUGCACACAGAUACACACGAGUGUGUCGAAUAUCAAGCUGUGUGUGAGUUGAGGCGUGUGUAGCUUCAAAUAAUUAUUGUAGCCCGUAGCAGAUUUCAAAUUAUACUUUCAAAUGUGAAGACAUUUUGAAAAUAAGCAUCAAAAGUUUGUACAAUAUAUUUUUAUACCUGAUAAUGCUGUUUUAUUAUACACUUUGUGCUUGUUUUUAAUUUUUAAUUUUUUUUUUUGCUCUUAAAACAAAUGACAACAUGCUUUUAUAAUUGCUGCUUGGAGUAAUGAAUCGUGACUUUCUAAGUCUUUAUUAUUCAAUAUGUAACAUAUAUUUACCAAUGUGUAACUUAUUUCAAAUAUAAAAUUUGUUCACAAUU